UGCGUGGGUCUCGCGAGAUCAGGCUUGGCGCCGUGACCUCCAUGUGGGAGCUACUGCUCUAUAAGUAAACACUCUGCGCCGCCUGGACUAGGCUUAUUGCUGUUUGGGAGGCGAGACUUCUGUUACGGCUGGUUCCGAUUCUUUCUCUUUCUCUACUGGGCUAGGCAAUCGCGCGCGGGUUGGGAGGCGCCACCGCCGCCAGUCGGGCCGGAAUCUGUGGGUCUCUACCUCCUGUGCGCGCGCUCGCCUGUCCGCCGCGGAGAACCUGGGCCGCCCGGGGCGCGGCGUCCCGAGCACAGGGGGAGACAAAGGCGGCCAGCCCCCUCUCCUGAGUCGCGAUGUGGAUCCAGGUUCGCACCAUCGACGGCUCCCAGACGCGCACCAUCGAGGACGUUUCUCGCAAAGCCACGAUUGAGGAGCUACGCGAGCGGGUUUGGGCGCUGUUCGACGUGCGGCCCGAGUGCCAGCGCCUCUUCUACCGAGGCAAGCAGCUGGAAAAUGGAUAUACCUUAUUUGACUACGAUGUUGGGCUGAAUGAUAUAAUUCAGUUACUAGUUCGUCCAGAUCCUGAUCUUCCUAGUACAUCUAAACAGACUGAUGUACAGACUAAACCCUGUUCUAACAGUCCACCUAAAGUAAAGAAAACUUCAAGGGCGGGAUCUGCAGGUCAGCCGUCUACAUCAACUCGUACUUGUCUUAUUGAUCCUGGCUUUGGACUAUAUAAGGUAAAUGAAUUGGUGGAUGCCAGAGAUGUCGGCCUUGGUGCUUGGUUUGAAGCACAUAUACAUAGUGUUACUAGAGCUUCUGAUGGACAUUCACGUGGCAAAACUCCAGUGAAGAAUGGCAGUUCUUAUAAAAGGACUAAUGGAAAUGUAAAUCAUAAUUCCAAAGAGAACACAAAUAAAUUGGACAGUGCCCCCUCUACGUCUAAUUCAGACUGUGUUCCUGCUGAUGAAGACGUUAUUUAUCAUAUCGAGUAUGAUGAAUAUCCGGAAAGUGGUACUCUAGAAAUGAAUGUCAAGGAUCUUCGGCCACGAGCUAGAACCAUUUUGAAAUGGAAUGAACUAAAUGUUGGUGAUGUGGUAAUGGUUAAUUACAAUGUCGAGAAUCCAGCAAAAAGAGGAUUUUGGUAUGAUGCAGAAAUUACCACAUUGAAGGCAAUCUCAAGGACUAAAAAAGAACUUCGUGUGAAAAUUUUCCUAGGGGGUUCAGAAGGAACAUUAAAUGACUGCAGGGUAAUAUUUGUAGAAGAAAUCUUCAAGAUUGAGAAGCCUGGAGCCCAUCCUCUUUCAUUUGCAGAUGGAAAAUUUUUAAGGAAAAAUGACCCUGAAUGUGACCUGUGUGGUGGAGACCCAGAUAAGAAAUGUCACACGUGCUCUUGUCAUAAAUGUGGUGAGAAGCGUGAUCCCAACAUGCAGCUUCUUUGUGAUGAGUGUAAUAUGGCCUAUCAUAUUUACUGCCUGAAUCCACCUUUGGAUAAAAUCCCAGAGGAAGAAUACUGGUAUUGUCCUUGUUGUAAAACUGAUUCCAGUGAGGUUGUAAAAGCUGGUGAAAGACUCAAGAUGAGUAAAAAGAAAGCAAAGAUGCCUUCAGCUAGUACUGAAAGCCGGAGAGACUGGGGCAGGGGCAUGGCUUGUGUUGGCCGUACAAAAGAGUGUACUAUUGUCCCUUCUAAUCAUUAUGGACCUAUUCCUGGUAUUCCUGUUGGAUCAACUUGGAGAUUUAGAGUUCAGGUGAGCGAAGCAGGUGUUCAUAGGCCCCAUGUUGGUGGAAUUCAUGGUCGCAGUAAUGAUGGGGCUUAUUCUCUUGUCCUUGCUGGUGGAUUUGCAGAUGAAGUAGACCGAGGUGAUGAAUUUACGUAUACUGGAAGUGGCGGUAAAAAUCUUGCUGGUAAUAAAAGAAUUGGUGCACCAUCAGCUGAUCAAACAUUAACAAACAUGAACAGGGCAUUGGCCCUAAACUGUGAUGCUCCAUUGGAUGAUAAAAUUGGAGCAGAGUCUCGGAAUUGGAGAGCUGGUAAGCCAGUCAGAGUGAUACGCAGUUUUAAAGGGAGGAAGAUCAGCAAAUAUGCUCCUGAAGAAGGCAACAGAUAUGAUGGCAUUUAUAAGGUGGUGAAAUACUGGCCAGAGAUUUCGUCCAGUCAUGGAUUCUUAGUUUGGCGCUACCUUUUAAGAAGAGAUGAUGUUGAACCUGCACCUUGGACCUCAGAAGGAAUAGAGCGAUCAAGGAGAUUAUGUCUACGUUUACAGUAUCCAGCAGGUUACCCUUCAGAUAAGGAAGGGAAGAAGACUAAAGGACAGUCAAAGAAGCAGGCUAGUGAAGCUACAAAAAGGCCAGCUUCAGAUGAAGAGUGUCCAACUGCCUCCAAAGUGAUCAAAGCACCCGAUUCAGCAGAAGCAGUCGAGGCUUUCCAGCUUACUCCUCAGCAACAACAUCUAAUUAGAGAAGACUGUCAGAAUCAGAAACUAUGGGAUGAAGUUCUUGCAUCGCUUGUGGAAGGACCAAACUUUCUGAAAAAAUUGGAACAGUCUUUCAUGUGUGUUUGCUGUCAGGAGCUAGUUUAUCAACCUGUGACAACAGAGUGCUUCCACAAUGUCUGUAAAGAUUGCUUGCAACGCUCUUUUAAGGCCCAAGUUUUUUCCUGCCCUGCUUGCCGACAUGAUCUUGGCCAGAAUUACAUCAUGAUUCCUAAUGAGAUUCUACAGACUCUACUUGACCUUUUCUUCCCUGGAUACAGCAAAGGACGAUGAUCAGUCUACUUCUGUGUAGUUCCUGGUGGCUUAUUGGACAAUAAAGAACCUAAAGUGGGUAGGGAGGGUGAAAGCAACGUGGACCACAUCUCUCACAUUCUGGAGCAGCUCCUCCUCUUUCCCACAUAGCCAUCAUCUUGUGUGUGUAGUAAGAGGCCCAUUUUUCAACUGUCUUAACUAUUGAAAGGUAGUUCUGUCAGUAACAACUAGUUUUAAUAAGUCAAAGCCUCAGCUCUAGUUGAUAUUCAAGUUAUGAUUUAUUUUGCAACUACCUCAGGACAGAAGAGAUUUAUGGGGAUUUUAAAAAUCAUUGAAUAGUUAAAUGAGAUUUUAGCUACACACUGCCUCCCAAAUAUUAGUUGUGCCUGGUUCUUGUAAUUUGAUUUUUAUGAAAAAGGAGAUGAUACUUGAGAUUCUUGGAAUGAAUGCAGCUUCUGUAGUUUGCAUAAUACUUUUUAAAAUGUCUCUUCCAUUACAGUAUGUUUUGCAAGGACAGGUUCAUUUUUUAGCCCAUUUUGUGAGCUCCAUUGUGCUUUUCUUCUGGUGUUUUAUGCAAGUUGACUACUAAUGACUAAUGAAAACAAUAUGAAUGCAUUCUUGCUGCAUUAGUGUAAUGUGGUGUGGUUUUGCAGUUAAAAGAGGUAUUCAGAUGCUUUAGUUGUAAAUGUUCAUGCCACUUCUGUAUUAGUCAAACUGCUUUUUAGUGAGUUUCACCAGUGAUUUUAUAUCUGCAGAGUAUUGAGGGAUGUUCUGACUUUUGAGAGGAUUGAAAUUGCUUCAUAUUGUGAUCCUAAAUUUUAUAUUCACUAUAUUCCUUAAAGUAUACCUUAAUAAAUAUUUUAUGAUCAGAAAA